AUGAAACCAGCGAGCAGCGCCGUUAGCAUCGCGGACAGCGCGGGCAGCUGUGAGGACGGCGUGUCUCCACUGCAGAGGCCGGUGCCAUGGGAACGGCCUGACUUGGCUGCACAAUAUGAUGCCGCGAUGUGCAAUCUCGCCGGCCUCCACACGCAGAUACUUCAGGCACUGCGCCUUCCCGUCUUGGACCCCGAGCGCUGGGCGGCAGAGCGCUGGGCGGCAGAGAAGGACUUUCCGGCAGAACCGCGUGGCGGAGACGUCAAGUCCAAGGUUCACCAGGCCCCUGAUGCCGUGAAGUCGCCAUUAGGCACCGCCAGCAGCUGCGACGAGCAGCUCCAAAAGGCGUUUGGCGAAAAAGUGGUCUCGGCUCAGUUGAAAGAGCUCACAGCGCACUACGGAGUGGCACUGCAGCCGCUGCAGCUGCAUCGUGAAGCCAAGGAGGAUACAAAGCUUGUCCCCCAAGACUGGGUGAGCCGUCUCGUGCGUCAUGGCCUGUUCGACUUCUGCGCUUCGGCGAUGAUUUUCGCCAAUUCGUUCGUCAUCGCCGUGGAAACCCAGUGGCUGGCCACCCACACUGAAGCUCCGAUGACCCUGGAGGUGCUCAACCACUGCUUCUCUGGCUUCUUCCUCUUGGAGCUUCUGCUGCGGAUCAUGGCGCAGCGGUGGGACUUCUGCUGCGAGUCCAGAGGUCGAGGCUGGAACAUCUUCGACACGUGCCUCGUGAUCAUUUCGAUCGUGGAUACCGCUGCUUCAGCCAUGACUCCGGACCCUGGUGCACAGGUGGAGGCCGGUGAUGGGCGUGAUCAAACGAUGGAUGUCUUGCAGGCAGUGAGGAUCCUCAAAAUGCUGCGAAUUGCGCGCAUCUUCCGAGUGUUUCGCUUCUCCCGGGAGCUGUCGCUGAUGGCGCUCAUGAUUAUCGACUCCCUGCGAUCGCUGAUGUGGGCCUUGUUGAUGCUGCUGUUAAUGAUUUUCGUCUUCGCGGUUUGGUUCACCACCAACGCCACCUUCUACUUGAAGCCCAACGCUGACUUGUCUCGAGAUGACUGGUUCGAGCAGCUGCAAAGCUCUUCAAUCGACAAUGUUGUCAACAUCCAAGCCAACUUUGGAACACUGCAAGCGACCACCUACAGCCUCCUGCGAUCUAUGCUGGGCGGCAUCAACUGGGGAAUUCUGUGUGACAUGCUACUGGCCAUGGACACACUUUCUCCGAUGUUAUUCAUCUUCUACGUCCUUUUUGCACUGCUGGCGGUGUUGAACAUCGUGACGGGAGUGUUUGUGGACAAUGCCGUGGACAAAGCCAAGACUCAGCGGGAGUUCCUCAUUGAGAAGGAGCGUGAGGUGAAGGAGAAGUACAUCAAAGAGUUGCAAAACCUGUUCCUGGAAAUGGAUGUGGAUGCAUCAGGCACCCUCACCGCUGAAGAGAUGCAGCACUUGGUGAAGGAUCCCAAGAUGUCGGCAUACUUCUCAGCCCUGGGUUUCGAAGCACACGACUGCGUUCGCCUGUUUUCUCUUCUGGACUCGGAUGCGUCGGGGCAUGUUGACAUUGAGGAGUUCCUUGAUGGCUGUUUGCGCCUGAAGGGCAUGGCGCGGAGCAUCGACGUCCACUUUAUCAUGGUUCUCAUCCACCGCCUACAGAAGCAGUUGAGCGGCUUCGAAACCGGGCACAACGCAGUCUUGGCACGGCUGGCUCGACAGAGAUCCCGAGAGAUGUCGUCUCGCCUUCUCGGGCACUGA